AUGAGUAUAAGAGGGCAUCUUUAAGUCCUUAAAACUAGAGUAUUCCUAUGCUCAAUAAAAAGACUGAAAAAGAAGCUUGAUGAUCUAAAUGAUGAAUACAAGAAGAAGCAAGCUUUAUUAUAGCAAUUACAAUCAGAGUUUACUUAAAAUCAGCAGUAAUCAUAAUAUCUUGAGAAGGCUGAAAUGACUACAACUGAUAUUCAGAAUAAAUUUAACAGUAAUGCUACUUUACAAAGAUAAAAAUCCUUCAACCAUUUCAAUGUCACACCUAUGAAUCCAACCAGAAAUUUCAUGCCAUUUAUGUCCCUAAGAGUUCAUGUAACUAGCAACAGUUUAAGUGAACUUAAUGAGAAGAUGACAGAAUUGAUUUAAAAGCUGAGGGAAACAAAUCUAAAAUGUGAUCGAGAAGAACUAGAUAAUGAAAGCUUGAAAUUCGUAAAACAUGACCUUAAAAGAUAGAGGCAGUUUGAUCACAUAAAACUAAAGUAAUUGAUGCCAAGUGUUUAAGAUAUGGGUUAGGUAGUUGGUACAUUAGAACUAGCUAAAUUCAUCAACUAAACUAGAGUCAACACAGCAACAAGUGGAAUCUAUAAAUGUAGAGGUGAUAUGAGCUUUUUUAAAAACAACAAAGAUGAUAGGCUUAUAGAAAAAAGAAUAGAGCUUUAAGAUUAGGAGGUCGAAACUAAGAAUUUGAAAGUUGUAAUGUAGUAGAAGCAAUAGUAGCUUGAGUAAGCGAAAAAGAAACUAACAUUGUUGAAGAAGUAAAACGAUUCAAUCAAAAUUGACGAAAUUAUCUAGAAAUUUUUUGUCAAGAGGAAUACUGAGGAAGAUCUAUUGAAUAAACUUGAGAUGAUAUACUAGCUCCAGUUAUUUAUGAAUGAAAGAAAACAGAGUAAUGACUUUGCCUUUGAGUCUGAUCUCAAAACUAUCUUUUCAUAUUUGAAACUACUUGAAAAGCUGGAUUAAGAAUUAGGAUUUUCAAAAAAGCUUUAGCCUUAACAAUAAAAUUACAACAGUAGCUCAAUUGUUGAGAAAUAAUACUAGAGUUUAAAUCAAAGUUAAAAAAGCAUCAUUAUGAUUGAUAAUUUGACUCUAAAAGAAAGAGAGAAAAAAGGAGAGUACUAAACUUUAUAAAUUCAAGUCAGAUGGGAGGAUAUAAAGCACAAGCUGCUCAUCAGAGAGAAGUUUAUCAUCUCGCAAUAUGAGGAAGUCAUGAUAAAGAACUAACUCUUAAAUGUGUCAUUUGAUGAACAAUGUGCUGAAAAAAAUAACAAAAAAUUGUUGAGGGAAAACCUGCUUGAAUAGCUUUAGAAAUUGAAUGAAGAGGUCAAGACUUCACAAAAACUAAUGAGCGAAGAGAAUCAAAGUUCAUAAUCUAUUACUCACUUGAGAUAUCUCUACGAGAAUUACAAGAAAAUAUUUGAGUAUAAAAACAAAAUUCAUCAAGCAAAUAAUUUUAGAUAGAAGAUCUUUCAGUUCUUAGCCGAUGUAAUGAUAAAAGUGAGUGCAAAACUAGACAAGAUGCAAUAAACAAUACCAUAAAUGAACUUCGAUAUACUAAAUAUGAAAGUAUAGAAAUAUCUUCCAAGUGAAACAUUAGAGAUGAACUCCCCAUAGACAAAUAAUAAUUUACUCUCGGUUACAAAGAAAAAUUCGAACUAAAAUGGGAGUAGAAGAGGGUCAUUAUUAAAACCUAGUAUGUAUUCAGAAUCAACAUUUGAAUUUGCAGCUGAAUUACAAUCCUCAAGCACACUCAAGGCUAUACCAGAUAGAUAAAAUUCUAUGAGAAGAAUGUCUAGACAGAAUUCAUUGCUGACUCCAAAGAAUUGGUAAAAAUAAAGGAAAGCGACAAUAUCGAAAUUUAUGAUGAUCACCUUAAAUUAAGAGAAGGAGUAAUAGCAAGAGAACAAGUUAUUUGAAAAGAUACAGACUGCGAUAAGAUUGCAUUUAAAUGUCAUGCUAAACAUUGAUUACAUAAAAACCCUAAUCAGAGGAUUGAAAGAUAUGACUGAAGUCCAGGUUCAGUGGAUUAACAAUAAAGAUUAGGAUAGUGAUGAAACCUUGCAAAUAUAGUACGAGAGAGAUAUCAACUAUAAAGAUUUUAAAAGGGAAUAUACAAAGUGCUAGAGUAUAUUUUAACUCUACCCUAAAGAGUCUAAUAUUCCAGAUACUAAGAAUACAGUAUAGUCUAAGGAUGAAAGUACUGGAAAUAGCAAUGCAGUAAAUGCAGGUAUAUUCUUAGAGCCUAGAUCAAAGAACAGAAAAAGUGAAGUUGAUGAAUGCAAGAUUGAAAACUCAUUUCUUCAUCUCUAAUAUAAAAAGCUCAAAGAGGAUAAGAUCAAAAAGCAGAAGGAAAUAGAACAAUUGAAGCUUAGACAAGAAAAAGAAAGAAUUAAACUUUAGUUAAAUGCAAGUAUUAAUGCAUCUGCUUAUAUCCCUAAGCCAUUGACAUCUAAAUCAGCAUUAAGUAGCCAAUAAUAAAUAGAUUUCAAAGAAAUUAACAAGAAACUCGUAGAUUUCUAAAAAAAUGAGUCAAGGUUCAUCAAUAAGUUUGUUAAAGAGUGCGAUAAUGUCUCAUUGAAAAUAAACAGAUUUACCUCUGGAGUUCUUCCUCCUCAAGAGAAGGUUAACUUAAGUUAAAUACAGCUUUAGAAGCCAUCUAGGGCUAUGUCUAAAUAAGAACCUUAAUAAGAACAUGUUGAAAAACUAGCUUUUCAAUUUCACACAUAAAGCAGUAAUCAUUCCCCAGUAAAAAAAUCUCGUUCAUCUAUAAGUGUUGAUGAUGAAAUUUAAUUUAAUAAUAGAUUGAAACUCGAUGAUAAAAUAAAGGAAAUUAGGAUACACACUAAUCUUCACUUAGAUAAAGUGAACUUAAUGUCAGAUGAUCAAGAAAAAAGGAAAUUAGAUUCACUUUCAUCUUCCACAUCUUAAAGGUAAUCAACAUCAAGGUCUAAGAUUACUUUAACUUAAGGAGAUAUUCAUAAAUCAACAAAGAAUUCAAAGAAAAUAAGUACAAUAUAAAAGUCUAAGUUCAACAUGUGGAGUAUUUAGUAAUAGAGUAAAAUAAACAGUCCUCCAAAGAUAAAAGAAAUUGUACAACAAACUUCAAGUUAGUAAAAUAAGUUCUUCAGAACUAGGUUGACUUCAUAGUCUAGAGAAAGAACAUCAUCAUCAAGGGUCGAUGAUCCAAGUAUUAAACUUCUUUAAGAUGAAUUAAGAUCUAAGACACCAGCUAAUAAUAUAAGAUUAAGAAAUCAAAUGAAUCAGAAGUCUCUUCCUUAGUUUAACACCUAUAACAUCGAGGAGUAUAACAAAAACAUCAAUAAUUUCUUCAUCAUUUCUAAUGACAAAUUUAGAUAAAAGUUGAUAAACACUGCUGAGUUUACAGGCUUCAGUAAUUCAUAAAAUAAUAUAUUUGAUAGUAGCUAGUAGACUCAAGAUAAAUCUGAUAUUUAUAAGAACAGAAGUAUUUUUAACUUAAAUAAGACUAAGAGCUAGCAGGAACUAUUAAAAGCAAUUCAGAGUAGAGCUAACAUGAGAAAUUAGAAAAAUAAUACAUAAAGCGUGAUUAAUUUGAUAAACUAUGACUCAAUCAUGAAGGAGAUGAACAAGAGUAAGGGUAGCAAAGCAGAUAUACUUAAAAAUCUUUACAAAACUGAGGAACUCUGA